GUCGAGUUGCCUCCAUUUUUUCCCCAUCUUACAAUCGUCGCCUACAUUUCCAUUUCCCGCAUCAAACACAUUUGAAGUUUACCAUCUCACUCACACCCAUAACCCAAUCUUCUACAAUGGAUGAUGACUACAUCAUGGGCAUGGAAGAAAUGGACAUGGAUGUUCCUCUCCCCGAAGAACUCGAAUUACUCGAAUCAACUUAUCGAAUCUACGAACAACAAGACCAAGAAGACCACUACUUUUACCAACCACCCGAAGAUGAAACCGAACAACAACCGCCACAAGAUCUCGCUCCUCCUUCCGAACCUCAAUCCAACAGCCACAAACGUUCUCGAUCGAAAUCGAAUUCGGAUUCCGAUUUGGAUGAUUUGGAUUCUUCCGGUGUUGAAAAAAGAGAGAAAGUUAGGGUUAGGGUUGAAGAUCCACCGGUUGAAGAGGAUUGGCUUCGAUACUCUCCUCCUCCUACUACUACUACUUCAGUUGAAGAAGUGAGAUUCUCUAAGGAGAAGACGUUAUCGCGAUUUGCGUCGGAGAUUGAUGGUGAAGUUAUGCCGGUUACUGCGCCUAAUGGAGAUAGGGUUUAUACUAAGCUUGAUAGGUUCUAUGGAGAAGAGCAAGUGACGAAGCUGAAUUGUAGAGGAUAUUCUUCUGAUCUUGCUGUAGCAAUUAGUGUUCUGUUUGAAAGGUUGGAGCAAGAGACUUUUGCUAAGACCUUGGAAGCUAGUUCUGUAAGCCAAAGUGUUGUAGAUGUUCCUGAAACACUAACAGUCCAUGAAAAACUUUGGGUUGAUAAAUAUGCUCCAAAGUCGUUUUCUGAUCUUCUUAGUGAUGAACAGACAAAUCGUGAGGUACUCUUGUGGUUAAAACAAUGGGAUUCUACCGUGUUUGGAUCUGAAAUACGAAGUACAUCAGACGACGUUUUGUCUGCUUUGAAACGGCAUUCUUCAGUUUCCCAUAAACCGAAACCUACGGGUUCAAAUUUUCCAAGAACAAACGGAGGGAACAAUUGGAGUAGUAACAGGUAUACAAAUUCUAGAAGUACGGCGCAGAGUGGAAAUUCGACGAGUAUUCAGGAUAUACGCAAUACAAAGUCACGGAAUAUUGGCGCACCAGAACAGAAGGUCCUUCUGCUAUGUGGACCACCAGGUCUCGGAAAAACAACACUUGCACAUGUAGCUGCUAGGCAUUGUGGAUAUCACGUGGUAGAGGUUAACGCUAGUGAUGAUCGUUCUACAUCAACAAUUGAAGCAAAAAUCCUUGAUGUGGUUCAGAUGAACUCUGUCUUGUCUGAUUCAAAGCCAAAGUGUCUGGUGGUGGAUGAAAUUGAUGGAGCCCUUGGGGAUGGAAAGGGUGCUGUGGAGGUUCUUUUAAAGAUGAUUUCUGCUGAAAGGAAGCCUGAUGCAGGGAAGCAACGUUUGGAUAACGGACAAAUGGAAAGGAAAUCAUCAAAGAAGGGGCGAAAAACUGCAUCCCUGUCAAGACCUGUGAUUUGCAUAUGCAAUGACCUAUAUGCACCUGCCUUAAGAUCAUUACGCCAAGUGGCCAAGGUUCAUAUAUUUGUUCAACCAACAGUUAGUCGGGUGGUAAGCAGACUAAAAUAUAUAUGUAACAAGGAGGGGGUGAAAGCCAGUGCCAUUGCACUCACUGCUUUAGCAGAAUAUACAGCAUGUGAUAUACGCUCAUGCUUGAACACUCUCCAAUUUCUCUCUAAGAAGAAAGAAACCCUCAAUGUGUUUCAUAUUGCUUCGCAAGUUGUUGGUCAGAAGGACAUGUCAAAAAAUGUUCUGGACAUCUGGAAAGAGUUGUUCCAAAGAAAAAGAACAAAAAAGAUGGAAAGAAAAUCUCAUAAUAGCAAAAUCUCUGAAUUUGAUACCUUGUACUCCCUUAUAUCAUACCGUGGUGAUAGUGACCUCAUUCUGGAUGGAAUUCAUGAAAAUAUUCUGCAGCUCAAUUAUCAUGAUCCAGUUAUGCAGAAAACUGUCAAGUGCCUCAACAGUCUUGAAGUUUAUGAUCUGUUGCAUCAAUAUAUAAUGCGUACACAACAAAUGCCUCUCCUUGUUCAUUUGCCUCCCAUAGCAAUUAUUGUACAUCAUACAGUAGCUCAAGUUCAGAAGCCAAACAUUGAGUGGCCAAAGUCAUAUCACAGGUAUCGAACAACGAUGAUGGAAAAGAUGGACAUUUUGAAUACUUGGCACUACAAAAUAUCUCCACAUAUUGCAAGGCACUUAUCACCUACUUCCUUUGUUGAAGACUUAAUUUCUCCAUUGUUGGAUAUUCUGUCCCCACCAACCAUAAAACCGGUGGCAUUACAACUACUAUCGGAUAAGGAGAAGAAUGACAUUGCUCAAUUAGUUAGCACAAUGGUCUCAUAUGCUAUCACAUAUAAGAAAAUGAAAUCAGAUGCACUGCCUAAUACCCUGAAGUAUGAAGUAGCAGAUGAAUUGUCUUUGUCUCUUGUUCCUUCUAUCGGUAACUUUGUAAACUUUAAGGAUUAUACUUCUAACCAUUAUGUGCUCUCUUUAGCUAUGAAGCAGGUUUUAGUGCAUGAAGUUGAAAAGCAUAAGAUUUUACAAGCUAAUACUAAAACUGCAACUUUAGCAAAUGGAGGGCAUGAAGUUAAUGAGGCUGAAAAUAACAUAUUAGCCAAUACCAAGAAUCAUGCAGCUGUUGUUGAUAUGAAAACCAUUCAAAGUCAAACUAAUGUUUUAGCAAGGAAAUCAAAUGAAUAUCCCAAGACAGUUUCACCAAACAUGAAUCCCACUAAAAUUGCAUAUGCAACAGACAAUGCGAAACUUCUAGACAUGGGAAAUAAGAAAAAACCAUCUAGGAGUUCCUUAAGUUUCUUUGACAGGUUUAAAAAGUCAAGUGUUAAGGGACUCCAAAACGAUGACAGAUCUGUACAGAAAGAAACUACAUCAGAGAAAGCUCAAAGCCCUUUACUUUUUAAAUUUAAUGAGGGUUUUACAAAUGCAGUCAAAAGGCCUGUUCGAAUUCGUGAAUUUCUGUCCUAGUAAUUCUUUCAAGUAAUUUCAUUCUCCAUCAUGUUUGCAUUUGUAUAAUAAAUUUUACAUCAAGAACUAUAAAAAAAACUCUACUAGUAUAGUUAUCAAUUUGGUAGUAUGUAUAUGUAUCAAGUUGUCGAUUGUGACAUGUUCCCAGAGUCCCAGUACCUACGUCUUUUCUUUGUAUUUAAUUUAUGCUAUUGAAAAGGAA